AUCUCCAAAGUCUGUAAACACAUCUCCAGAAAAUGGGGAUGCUCAUGAGUUCCCUGGGAAAAGGAGUGCCGUCGACACAGAUGAUAGGUUUUGUGAUGGGAACCCUGUACAAGCAAUUUGUUGACAGAGACAUCCAGUGCUUUGAUGACUUCCAUUUCGCCAUUCUCGACAUUUUCAACUCUUUCAACUCAGCUUUACCAGGAAAGCACUACGAUGCCCCCUCCCGAAAGGAAGUUGAGGAAUGUUUCCAUGCGUGGACGAAAGCUGGAGAUGGGUCGGCAAAGAAGGAGCUGUUCGUCGCGUUUAUGAAGAAGAAGGUGCAUCUGAGCAGACUAGACGACUCGACAAUGGUGACGGGGAUAGUGACGCCACCAGCAGCCAUGGCGGCCAAGAGAGCAGGCGAGAACGUGCCCCAGUUGAAGAUGAUCAAGUACAUCCCGGACGUCAUCUUUGUUCCAUCGGCGACCGUUCUUGCCAUCGUCACUGCUAAGCUCACCAAGAGGAUGUUCCUGGGCAACUUUGCAUCUUGAGAAAGAUCAUUCUGAGUUCUGGGAUUUGUGUAAUUGGUGUCAGUUCCGUGCUUAUUUUGGAUUUUUCGGCUUACAGAAGAGGAUGCAAUCCAAGUAUCCAACUAUUGAUACAUGCAUUAUAGUGGGUGAGCUAUCAACAAAGAAAAUAGAAUUCCACAA